UCCGUCGUGGCUUCCAUUCGCCAUUUUCUCUUGUAGCGUGCAGUACUCUCGCGAGUUCUUUCGUAGUAAAGUUCGUUCAGAAUAUAGAAAUAAUUAAAUUGUGAUAGAAUAGAGGAAUAAACAUCGCGAAUAUGAGUUACGGUAGACCACCGCCGCGUAUCGACGGCAUGGUGUCUCUAAAAGUUGAUAAUCUUACGUAUAGAACGACGCCAGAAGAUCUCAGGCGUGUAUUCGAAAGAUGCGGUGAGGUUGGUGAUAUCUAUAUACCACGAGAUCGUUUUACCCGUGAGAGUCGUGGUUUCGCUUUUGUAAGAUUCUAUGACAAGCGCGAUGCAGAGGAUGCAUUGGACGCUAUGGAUGGUAGAUUACUUGAUGGUAGGGAACUUAGAGUUCAAAUGGCACGAUAUGGACGACCAACCUCGCCUCAUAGAAGUCGUGGAAGUCGCAGACGUGGAAGGUCACGUAGUCGUAGCAGAGAUCGCAGACGUUCUCGUACACGAUCACGCAGUAGAUCUCGUAGUCGUGAUAGAGAUCGUAGACGUUCCUAUAGUCGGAGUCGUAGUCGUUCUCGUUCCGAUAGUAAAAGCUCUCGUGGAAAGUCUCGCUCUCGCAGCAAGUCUCAAGAAAGGCAGAAAGACAGCCGUUCCAAAUCAAGAUAAGAUACUGGAAUAACAGGGCAUGAGUACAAGCAAAAAGAUCCACUUCCUCCGAUCCACCAUAUUAUCUGUCUUGAGAAGAGAUUGAAAAAGGUAUUCUAUUACUCUAUACCUACAGCACCUCUGUAACAUAUUUUCAUUCAGAGUGUCAUUUAUAUUUAUACAUUAAUUCUGACAACGUAUUGUUCUGCGGUUUUUUUGUAGAAAAAAAGUAAAAUCAAGUUUAUUGUAUUAAUUUUAUGCUAUGAGUCUAACUUUACAAAAUUCUUAGUUACAUGUUUUAUUUGAUUUUUACUCCAUUAAGCAUUAUUGUUUAAUGAAAUACUUUUGUAUGUUUGAAAGGAGAGAAAUCUUGUAAUUUUCCUUUGUAAAGAGACUUAUUAAUUGCAAUUUACUGUAUAUCUUAUAAUUAUCAUCAAAAUUAUAUUGUAUUUGAUGGCACUUGUACUACAUUCUAUAGGAAAUAUCACCUAUCACUAAACGUUUAUGAAUAGUAACCUGUGUUUAUUAAUAAUAGAGUCACUACUAAUAGUUUACAUUAGCAUUUCAUAAUCAGGUUUGAGAGAAAACUAAAAUGAGUAAUUUCGUUAUAGUAUUUCUUUUAAAUUGCAAAAAAAUAAUCUCUCGUUCGUUUGUAGUCAUGCACGUGUGCGCGUACGCGUAUUAUAGACAUAUAAAUGCAUAAAAGGGGAUAGGGGAGAGAGAAAGGAUCUACAGAAAGAGUAGUAAAACACCACUAUAUUGUACAGGUCUUUCCAAACCAAUUCUAAUGAUCAUCAAAUACACUCAAUGAUGAUAAACCUGUACCUCCUCGAAUGUAUAAGCAUUGAAUGAUAUCUUCGAUUCAUUCGAUUUCUUUUGUACAUAGCGGAUGGACAUGUUCAUUGUCGAUUAGUGUAUGUAUAUAUAAUAUUGUUUUAACAAUGUUGAUUAUUUGACAACAAAUUGAUAUUUUGAAAGCUUUAAAAAAAAAAAAAAAAGAAAAAAAAAAAAUAAAAGAACAAACAAAAAAAAAGUCUUAAGAUAGUAUUCAAUGUAAUGUUUCUAAAAUCAUCAAUUUUUGAAAUAGACUAUUUCCACUUGUUAUAUCGAUAGAUUAUAAAUUGAUCCAAAAGAUGUAUCAACUAUUAGAAGUUUUUUUUUUUUUUUUUUUUUUUUUUUUUUUUCAAUUGCACUAUUGGCAUAUUUACAUGUCAUUUUCUUUUUUAUUUUUUUAUUUUCAAUACAAUGCAAUUAAUAGUAACUUCUACAAAAUACUUCUAAGUUAUAUUGAGAUAUUACUUUUUAUUAUAAUUAUAAAAUUGCCCACAGUGGGCAAAAAGUGGACUAAUAAUAUUCCUGGAAAUAGUAAUGGUGUUAAUGUAUAAUGGUAAUUAACAGGUAAUGUAAGAUAUCACACAAUUGACUAAAUUUUAUACGUAAUUAAUAUUACAUCACAAAACAUCUUUGAUUUUUCAUUUUUCGAUAUCUUCAAAGUAAAAAUCUCGUAUUGAUCGAAUGAAAAAUUUUUUUUACAAUAUAUAUUUUAGAAAUAAGAUAUGCGUUUCUGUAAUAAUAUAGGUUUACUAAUGUAAAUUUGCCAGAUAAAAAUAAAGCGUAAAAAGACAUAGAUGAUUACACUUUUCGGCAAAAUUUAAAUGUUAGUAACGUUAUAAUAACUUCUAGUAUGUGUAUACAAAUUUUGAAAUUUACAGUUUAACUGAACUGGCUAUAAUAGUUCAAUGAGCCUUUUUUAAACAAAAUUAAUUUAAUUUGCUAUAUUUUUAAAGCAGUAUUACAAAAUUAUUACGUACGUGUAUUUUAUGAUUUGAUUGUUGAAAUUUUAACAUUUUAUACAUGAAUGUUUCAUCUGUGCAAAAUAUUUGUGUAAACAAAAUGAAAGUACUACUGUAGGAGUUUACAGUUUAUAGAUAUUGUAGUUAUUGUAAAGAUAUUAUAGUGUAUUUACAAUUUAUAUUGUAAUCAGAAUACGAUUAGUUCGAAAAAUAUUGGAUAAAUCUUAUUGAACAUGACUUUAGUAAUAACCUGUAGUAUUGUAUUGCUACUUAACUCUUUGUGGAUGUAAGAAUAAUAUUUUGAUGUAUGGUACAACACAAUAAUACAUUAUUUUGGUGUUCCCAUAGAAAUAAAGCAAACACUUGAUUGUUAAAAAAGUGUUCUUUUUGCAGUAAACAUUGAUAGAUAAUUUAUUGUCCCAAAGGAUCGUAAGAUCCAGGAGAAACGUAGCUUUAUGACCAUACCGUCCACAAAUGGGUUAAUAGAAAAAGGGAAAAAAAAGAAAAGAAAGAAAAAAAAAAAAAACGAAAAAAAAAAAGGAAAAGAAAAAAAAACUUACUUUUAUAUUAAGUUUUUAAUAUUAAGUUAAAAACAAUAUUGUUGCUUAACUGUUCAAGAGUUAUUUCUUUAUGAAACGUUAAAAUCCUGUCAUGGAUGUAUCAUAUUAUCUCGGUAUAACUAAGUUAUAAUUUUAUGGUGCCACAGGCGGUGGAAAGGAGUGGCAUGGCGAGUGUAGCCGAUGAUGGGGUAGCUGAGAGUAAGCUGUAAGCCGAGUAAGCAGGGCUGUAAGCAGUUUGCAGUAGCGGGCGGUUGGUGGUCUGGUGAAAGCAGGUUCGCGAGAGAUCGAUGCGAGAGAGUGUGCGAGCAGUCUCUUUGGGGGGUCGCACUGCAGAAUUUACGGAUGGUACGGUCAAGCGCAGAGAAUAAAAAAGCAGAACGCAAUCAGAGCAGCAGCACGCGGUUGCUGGUCGCAGAGACAUCGAUCCGGGUAGCAGGUAGCACGUGAGCAUAUCACCAGACACCUCGCGAACGACAAAACGCGUCAGCUGAUAAGUUACCACAUCUACCUUAGUUGCCAAUAAUUAUUUGACAAUUAUUGGCUAUCGUUUUCGACACUUGCCGCCACAUAGUACAAUUAACUAGGUGGAACUGUGCUCGAAGAAUAUCAUAUUUCUUUCCGCUUUUUCUUUUUUGUGUUUUUCUUCUAGAUUCGAUAUAUAUCAACAGGAUUUUUGGUGUAAACGUUUUAGAGGUAAGCCAAAAAAAUAUUUACUAUAUGUGUUGUAUAUAUUUGCUUUUACAACUCCGUCGAUUCAAAGGGUAUAUUUAUUGAUGUAAGGGCGAUUAAUAAAGAUUUUUUUUAACUUA